UGGGGUUGACCAGUCCAGUCCUCAGGCUGCUGUCGCUAAGGACGCUUCGGCCCCAGCAACAGCGAUGGACCAGGACGAGGGACUGGCCAGUGUAGACAACAUAGUCACACAGUUCAACACCUAUGAGGAUUUCCUCGACUCGCAGAUCACCACUGUGGACCUGUACUACCUGGAGGAUGAAAGCUUGGCCCACCAGUUGGUGGAGCUAGGCUACCGGGGGACUGGAGAGAUUCUGAAAAGAGAAGAUUUUGAAGCAAGGAAGGCAGCUGUAGAGAUAGCAAGACUGGCUGAAAGAACUCAGAAAAAAACACUGACAAGUGCUGGUAAAGACCUGCAAGAUAAUUUCCUGAAGGCCCUGGCUGUGAGAGAAGAAGACAAUCGCAAUGGGAAAGUGAGCUCUGUGAUCUUCAUUCGUGACAAAAAUUCUUAUGGACAAGAAGUGUCAGGAUACAUUGACUAUGCUGACAGACUAAAGACUGAAGAUUUUGAAGUCUACUUUAGCGGAAAAAGAAGACUCUUUCCAAGGCCCACAGAUCUGAGCUUUUACAACUGGGACAGUCGGGUGGCUGUUUGUAAUUCAAGUCCCAAUUAUCAAGUGAUUGAUGAUAAUCCAGAUGGCUUACUUUUCAAAUAUAAAAAAGACAGAAAAAUUCUCAAUGUGGACCCAAAGGAUCAUCCAGGAGACAACUCUACCCGAAUCUCUAUCCAGACAGACCUCUACAUACAAGCUGUCAUUUUUGACCACAUCUCCAGAAGGAAGACUUAAGCAUCAACAUCCUAGAUGUUGAUUCCUUAUUGCUUGCUAAUUUUAGACAAAUUCUGUAGUUAGCAGCAAAUUAGAAUCAUAAAUGAGUAUUAUAGCUGGAAGGCAAAUUAAAAUAAUAAAAGUUAAUGGAAUUAGAAAGAAAAUGUUAAUUUGCUUUAUUGUAUAGCUAGCCUACCUCUUGAUCUGAUUUGAGGUUUUUCUUUCUUUUUUUUCUUAAAUCCUGAACACUGAGGCUGAUUGCAACAGUUCAUGGAAGAGAAUCUUGUUGCCACUUCAAAGAUACACUAAUGAGUGACAUAUUUUGUAGCUCAGAUUUUCCAAAACAAAAAUGUUCCAGGUCCCAGUGUUGCCAAAUCCAGUGGACCUAACAUUAUGCCAUGUGGCAGUGCUGGCAGUGCUGGAUCCUGAAAUCACUAAAUAUUGAUAAGGGGCCCCAAAUGAGAAGACAGGCAUAGGAAACACUAUAUGAAUACAAAGUUUUCAAUAAAUACUAAAUGAGUAAGUAAAAUCUGAAAUAUUCUAUGAAAUGAAUGAAAGGUUUGAUGCACUUAUGGGUCUACCAACAUGAAUCUCGUGACAAUGAAACUGAAGAGAUGAAAUCUAAGGGAAACCAGAAGGUUUUAGAGAAGUAAGAGAAAUGAACAUGCUUUCCCAAUGUGCCCUGCAGGUGGUUUUGUACAGAGAAGAUAUUACUCAGAGUCCACUUUUUAUUUAACAGUUUAUUUUUUAUUUGGUUUUUCUUGUCUUUUGCAUCCAAUUCUCUUCCUUCUCUUAACAAUCUACUAAAAAAAAAAAAAUCUACUACUGAGGCAAUUUAGUUGGGCCAAGUAAAUUCCACUCUGUGUGUGGAAGUCUACUCUGUGUAUGCGUCAAGGAUGGGGGGUAUGGGAGAGCCCAGGGCAGAAUUGAUGAGAAGGGUAUGUUCCUGGGGAGCUGAUGGUGUAGCACAAAAUGCUAGAUUCAUGUGGGGUGAGUAGAGUGAUAUGAAAUUGGAUGUAUGUGUGUUAGUGUGAUCUCAUAGUUUUCAAUAUAUACAAAUAUACACCACAGAUACAGAAUCUGUGUAUAUGUGUGUCUUAGUUACUUUUCUCAAUGCUGAGACCAAAUACCUGACACCCAAAGUUAGAAGAGGAAAGGUUUAUUGUAGUUCACUGUAGAGAUUUCAGUUUAUGUUGGCUGGCUCCAAGGCAAGGUGGCAUGGCAGAGGAGAAACAGUUCAUGACAGGCAGAAGGCAGAAAGGUGUGAGGCAGCAAUAAGUGAAGUAUUAAAGCAGCAAAGCAAAAUAUGUAAGCAGAAAGCAGUGCCAGUAGCCCUCUUUCUGUUCCUUAUAUUUCAUCUUAGGGCAGGUAGCACUCAUACCCAGAAUAGGGCACCCUUAAGCCUAGCAUCACACCAAGAAUCAGUUCCACCAUCACAUCCUUAAUUCCAGCACCACACACUCUAGAUCCAGCCACCUCCACAAAGCUUCACCCAUGACUGCAUGAGACUUUCCAGUGACAUCUAGAAACAAGCCAUAACAAUGUGCAACUGUAUACCCACAGGUAUCCACAUGUCUACUGAGAAAGCAAGGAGCAGCAAUAUUCCAAUAUGAAUAAGCACACCUAAUAGCCAUAUCUUAGUUUCUCAGCACCAUUUUCCAUGAAGAAAAAGCAGGGAUCCUUGGGAAAACAAUUCAAGGAUGAGGCAAAGAAAAUACAAGAGUCUGGAGAAGACUUUGCCAGAAAGCUAAGAGGUUUGAAGGAGAUGUAUCAAAAAGACACAGAACCCAGCUUGGAAAAGUUCCCACUGGCCAAAUCUGGGAUAGUUUAAGAAUCAAAAUAAAUAAUAACAUCAGGAGUCAAAUAAGUAACUAUGAGUUCAUACUGAUCCACAGACAUGAAUAGAUUGGAAGUUAGAUGAGAAGAGGAUAUUUACAUAGUACUUCUGCACAAAAUACUUAUGAAUUAUACAUGGAAUGAUGGAAAUGGUGGAAGACACCACUUUCAGUAAGUGAUUAAGGAGAAUAUCAUUAUCAAUGAGGCAAACUUAUUUUGUGCUCUACCAAGUAAGAUUUAUGUCUGAAUCAAUCAGUCAAUGAUCAUGUUAAAUUGGAAUAGUAAGGCUUAUCUGAUGCAACCAAGGAAUGUAGCAUUCCUUUUGUAACAGCCUGCCGAAGUUGUAUAACCUGUCAAAUCAAGAGAAAACUCAGACACAUCUGAGUCCAGAGACAUCAUGCAAAAUAACUGACCUGUAAUCUUCAGGAGUGUCAGAUCAUGAACACAGAAGAAAGACAAGGGAACAUUCCCAGACCAAAGGGGACCAUGGAUACAUUAAAACCAAACAGGAACCAUCAUUCUGAGUUAGAUUCUGAUGCUAUAAAGGCAAUUUGGGGACAACGGGUGGAAAUUGAAUGUUUUUUGAAGAAUAGAUGGUAGUAAAGUGAAAAUGAUUAUUUUUAAUUUUGAAGAUUAUUUUCUGGUUAUAUAACACAAUUUGCUUAAUGGAAAUUGCACUUAAGUAUUUGUGAGUCAAGGGGCAUCAUAGCUAUUUAUAAAUAAUUAAGAG